AUGGAGGAGGAAAAAACUAAUGAUAACAAUGUAUUUACAAGACGUUCAAAAGAUGGAUCUAGUAGAAAUAAUCCUGACGAUUUGAUAUUAGAAGAUAUUGAAAGUAUUACUAAUGUUUCUCCUUUCGUAUUGUUUACGGCUUUUAUUGUAGCAAUAUGUGGAUUUAUGUUUGGAUAUGAUACUGGAAUCAUUAGUAGUGCCAUGUUGCUAUUAGAAAAAGAUUUUCCAAUGACUUCAAUUACUAAAGGAAUAAUUGUUGGAGCUACGACACUAGGAGCAAUUAUUAGUAGUGUUUGUGCUGGUGCGCUAUCUGACUUUGCUGGAAGGCGCGUCACAACAACGGUUGCUGCAAUUUUAUUUGUUUGUGGCGCAUUAAUAUUAUCGUUAGCACCUUCAUAUACUUCCUUAUUGAUAGGAAGGUUGGUAGUUGGAUUUGCAGUUGGUUUAGCAUCAAUGGUAGUUCCAAUUUAUAUAAGUGAAAUCUCACCAAGAUUUCAUCGAGGUCGAUUAGUUACAAUAAAUGUUUUGAUGUGUACUGGUGGACAAUUAAUUUCUUAUUUAAUUGCUACUGGGCUUGUAUUUCAAAAUGGUUGGCGAUGGAUGUUUGGAAUUUCGAUAAUUCCUCCGUUAUUACAACUUUUUUGUAUGCCACUUGUUCCUGAAAGUCCAAGAUUCCUUGUGAGAAAAGGCAAAACUGAUGAUGCAAAAAAAAUCUUGGCAAAGAUAUAUCCUGAUGCUCCUCAAAAAUUUUUAAAUGAAGAAAUUGAUAUAAUCUAUGAGACAAUUGCGUUAGAUGCCGCAGGAUCUUAUAAACAAUUAUUUUAUUACCCAAAUUUAAGACCACUUAUCAUUGCAUGUGGUCUUCAAUUAUUUCAACAACUAUCAGGUUUUGAUACUGCUAUGUACUAUGGUGCAAUAGUAAAACAAAAUACUUGCGCUGAUUAUGGAAAAAGAUGUGGUGCUUGUUUGAUUGAUGAUAGAUGUGGAUUUAGUAAACUAGGAGUUUGUGUGGAAAAAACUUCUUCAAAUGAUCAAUUAUACGAUUCUUGCCCUUCAACAAGUAUUGGAGGAAAUUGGUUUACGUUAUCAUCUUUGGUAAUUUUUGUAGCAUCAUACGCGUUAGGAAUUGGACAUGCACCCUGGACAAUACAAAGUGAAAUAUUCUCUCUAAAUGUACGUGGUAGAGCUAAUGGAAUUGCUACAGCAACAAAUUGGUGUGUAAAUUUAAUAGUUGCGGUUACAUUUUUGCCAUUAACUGAAUUAAUAACAGUCUCAGGAACAUUUUGGAUGUAUGGUGUAUUCAUGAUUAUAGGUUGGUUGUUUGUUUAUUUCAUGGUUCCUGAAACAUCGGGAAAGUCACUUGAAGAAACUCGUGAGCUAUUUUUAUAA